GAACAGAUGAAAUUCAUGUGACAUUUAUUGAUAAAUAGACAAUGUAAGAAGUGAAAAUGAGUACAAUAGAUAAUAUAAAUAUAAAAACACUGAGUAAAGGAGAUAAAGGUGCUAAAACUACAACUGUAAAAGAAGACAUUCCAUCAAUGGAUUGUCUGGCUCCAGCAGAAAGGCGAUGUGCUGAUGGGAGUUGUAUUUAUAAAAAUGAUUUGUGUGAAGAAGAACAGAUAUUGAAUCAGAACACCAUAUUAAUUAUGAUAGUUAUAGGAAUGGCUGUUGUAAUAUUUCUAAUUAUAUUAUACUGUUUUCAACAAAAAACACGUAGAUCUGGAACCAACAGGAAUUCAUUAAGAGCUUUUGAGGCAGGAUUAGAUGAUGGUGAUAAUGCAUCUUUAUAUAAUCCACCUCCAACUUAUGAUGAAGUCAUUACAUCAGGUUUAUAUCCUGCUACACCACAAACACGCAGAAAUAUUCGUAUGUCAUCAUCAGAAGAACCCAUAACACCUCCGCCCAAUUAUGAAGCUGCAUUAACAAUAUUAGCUCAAAGUCAUGAAUCUGUUUUAGUGAAUAAAAAUUCUAAAAAUAGUGUAUUUAGAAGAAGUGUGUCUGUGGAUAGUAUGGGAAGACAAACUAGUGGUAAUAAUACAACGGAAACCAGAACUCCUUCUUCAGCUACACCUCGACUACCAUCUAUUGGACAAUAAGUUACUGUUAGUCUCAACCAUGCUGAUUCCUGAGUGGGUGUAUUGGACAGAUGUCUGUUUU